GAAUUUGUGUGAGUGUUUUAAGUGCGGUUAACAGAAAGAUUGGAGGAUAUACUGUAAUAUAAAGUUCCUUAUUGAGAACUGCUAUGGAUAGGCAUAUAAAACAGAAGAAGAGGAAAGUGCUCAAACGAAAGAUGCGUCCCAGUGAUUCAGCGAUCGAAAAAGUUGCAAGGGCUAAAAAGGUGAAAGGAAAAAAGGAAAUUCGAGCAUUCAAUGUAUCUGAGGGAGAAUCGAAGACACAAGGCUGCAGUGUCUCAGAAGAAGAAUCGAUUCCCCAAGAUACUGAUACUGUAUUGCCAAAUGAUGAUGGCUUGGAGGCUCCUGUAGCGAAGAAGAAGAAAAAUUCAUAUGAAAGCGUUAGCUUACCAGAAGAUGUUUCAGUUCCAGAUAGUACAGAGUUUCAGUCCCUGAAAGAAUUUGUGAGUGAGAAGACACUUAAUGCAAUUACUGACAUGGGCUUCACAAACAUGAUGGAAAUCCAGCACAAAAGUAUUGUACCACUGCUUAAGGGAAGGGAUUUACUAGGAGCUGCUAGAACUGGCAGUGGAAAAACUCUGGCAUUUCUCAUCCCAGCAGUGGAACUGUUAUACAAGCUGAGCUUUAAGCCAAGAAAUGGUACUGGAGUGAUAAUAAUCUCACCAACAAGAGAGCUGUCUCUUCAGACCUAUGGUGUGGCCCGGGACUUGCUCAAAUACCACAAUCACACAUUUGGGAUUGUUAUGGGUGGAGCCAAUCGCAAGGGUGAAGCAGAUCGCCUACAGAAGGGUGUCAAUUUACUCAUAGCAACCCCUGGAAGGCUUCUGGAUCACUUACAAAAUACGCAAGGUUUUAUUUUCAAGAAUCUCCAGUGUCUGAUCAUAGAUGAAGCUGACAGAAUCCUGGAAAUUGGCUUUGAAGAAGAAAUGAAACAAAUUGUCCGACUUUUACCAGUUCGCAGGCAGACAGUUUUGUUUUCAGCCACUCAGACCAGGAAUGUGGAGGAUCUUGCCCGUGUUUCUCUCAAGAAGUCUCCCCUCUAUGUGGGUGUUGAUGAUCACAGGGAGACAUCAACUGUUGAGGGCCUUGAACAGGGAUACAUUGUGGUUCCUUCAGAGAAGCGUUUCCUGGUGUUGUUCACUUUCCUCAAGAAGAACAGAAAUAAGAAAGUUAUGGUGUUUUUUUCAUCCUGCAACUCUGUCAAGUACCACUAUGAACUGCUGAACUACAUUGAUCUGCCAGUGGCUCAUAUUCAUGGAAAGCAAAAGCAACAAAAACGUACCACAACGUUUUUUGAGUUUUGCAAUGCUACAUCUGGAACUUUGCUGUGUACUGAUGUGGCAGCUCGGGGCCUGGAUAUACCGGAAGUGGACUGGAUUGUUCAGUUUGACCCCCCAGAUGACCCUAAGGAGUACAUUCACAGAGUGGGAAGAACAGCUCGUGGAAAUCAGGGGCGUGGUCAUGCCUUACUUCUCUUAUUACCUGAGGAGCUUGCAUUUCUACGAUAUCUCAAGCAGGCCAAGGUUCCUCUCAAUGAAUAUGACUUUUCAGCAUCUAAAAUAUACAACAUUCAAUCCCAGUUGGAAAAACUGAUAGAAAAGAACUACUACCUCCAUAAAUCGGCUCGAGAAGCCUACAGAUCGUAUUUACAGGCGUACGCCUCGCAUCAACACAAGAGUAUCUUUAACGUGAACGCUCUCGACCUUCAAAGAGUAGCUCCUGCCUUUGGCUUUGUGGUCCCUCCGCGAGUGAAUAUAAAUGUCCACAGCAGUAAAGGAGAGAGAAUUCAGAGACGUGGUGGCGGCGGAGGGUAUGGUACGGGAUAUAAAAGCUCGAAGUUACAACAGAAAGCCAAGAUAUUUAAAAGAAAGACCGGCGAUUCGAGACAAUUCGCUAGAUAAAAAUGGAAAGUUUACGGCUUUGACUGCUGAAUGAAGUAUAAAUCUGAGCAUGUCCUUGCUUCUUAUAGGAAACAUACAUUUGUACGCUGAGUAUACUGCUGAGUGUAUUCAAGUAGCAAAUUAUUUAUUUGAGAAAUCAGAAUGGAAGAGAACUGAAAGAAGGGUUUAAAUUUUGAAUCGUUUUCUACGUCAUGCAAAACUAAAUGUACCUCCAUCAAAAGAAAAAACAAAACAUCUGUUUCGUAAGAUAGGAAAACAAAACAUAAAACAAAACGAGUUGAUCGACGAGGAUAGUGAGAAAGAUUAUGAAUGGAAACGAUUUGACAGUGAUAGCAAAUAAACACUUUUUUUUAAAGAUCAACAAACCAUAAUGUCAGACUCCAUUAAGUUAUUAAUGCAAGAUUAAGAACACUGAUCGCCUCAAUUUGAUGACAUGCCAUUUACAUGCUAUCCACGCGUUAUCUAAAUUUUGUAGGUUGCACGAGCUACAGAAACACGUGUGAUAUGGGGCUCUGCUCGUGCGCUUUAAAUGCUAUAGCUCCGCUAUAGACAUUAUUAUUGUUGUUGUUGUGUUGUUUUUCAAAUUUUACAGAUGGCGAAAUUUGUAUCAGUUACAUACCUAGGUUGGCUACAGUUUGGUUUCCAUUUCAUCGUUAUCAAACCUUAAUGCCACUUCAUCAGACUCAUUAUGACAAGCUCUUAGUUUUGUCUCUCCUCUCAAAAUGGUUUCGUUGUUUCCUUUGAUUGUAACUAUUCUUGGUUUCAUUUCAACUCGCUUUGUGACACAGCUGAGAGCCAGUGCUUGUCGAAACUCUGGAAUUCUCAAUGCAUACAUAACUGGAUUUAUAAAAGCAUUACAACAAUUGAGAGCCAUAGCAAUAACGACCCAUCUCAUCGGUACUGGAACACUCUCAUUCAGGGCACCGAGCACAAUAUUCAAAGGGACCCAGCAGAACGAAUUAAGAA